CAAAACCCAAUCUAUUAGAUUUAGUAUUGCUUAGCUUCCACAAUGAGCCUUCUCAAGAGCCUCUUAGUUUUCUCCAUCUUAUGUACCACUCUUUUCUUUGCAUUAACCAAUGCAGCUCGAUUCGAUAUUCGAAACAACUGCGCCUACACUGUCUGGGCAGCCGCAGUGCCAGGUGGUGGCCGCCAGCUCAAAAGAGGCCAAUCAUGGGCCUUAGAUGUGAGUGCCGGUACCACAGGGGCUCGCAUUUGGGGUCGGACAGGAUGCAACUUUGAUGGAGCAGGACGUGGCCGAUGCCAAACAGGUGAUUGCGGGGGUGCCCUCCAAUGCCAAGGCUAUGGUCAACCAACAAACACCCUAGCUGAAUAUGCCCUUAAUCAAUAUAACAACUUGGAUUUCUUUGACAUCUCUCUUGUUGAUGGGUUUAAUGUACCUAUGGACUUCAGUCCCACGUCUAGUGGGUGCACUAGGGGGAUUAGGUGCACGGCUGAUAUUAAUGGGCAGUGCCCUAACCAACUGAGGGCUCCAGGAGGGUGUAACAACCCUUGUACUGUGUUCAAGACUGAUCAGUAUUGUUGUAAUUCUGGGAGAUGUAGCGCUACAGACUUGUCUAGGUUUUUUAAGCGCCGGUGCCCAGAUGCUUAUAGUUACCCUAAGGAUGACCAAACCAGCACAUUUACAUGCCCUAGCGGGACUAACUACAGGGUUGUCUUCUGCCCAUAAUUGAAGCAUAUAUAUCGGCUACUUUAUGGUAUGGCGUACGUAUGAACAAGAAGCUUGUGAUGCAAUAAAAUUAGAUUGAAGGCUUUGCCAACACAUGUUAUGGUGUGCAUUAUAUAUGUAACACAACACAGUACUUGUAAUGUCAUCCAAGCAACUAUGUAAUAGCAACUAUGGCUUCACAGA